AUGACGGUGGCGCUGCGUGAACCCCGUGUGCUGUGGCUGACCGGCCUGUCCGGUGCCGGCAAGUCGACACUCGCGACAGCCCUGCACCGGCAGCUCCAGGAGGCCGGACAGCCCGUGGCCGUGCUCGAUGGUGACGCCGUGCGCGGUGGCUUGUGCCGGGGUCUGGGCUUCAGCCCCGAGGACCGCCGCGAGAACAUCCGCCGUGUCGCGGAAGUCGCCAAGCUGAUGCGUGAGGCCGGCCUCGUCGUGAUCUGCGCGCUGAUCUCGCCCCUCCGGGAGGACCGUGCGAUGGCGCGGGACAUCGUGGGUGCCGAGCAUUUCCGCGAGGUCCACGUGGCCACGCCGCUGUCGCUUGUGCUUGUGGCCGUGGUCGGCAUAGCUGCAAUGCAUCCAGGCGGACGUCAUGGCCUGCACGAUGCCCUGCGUGGGGAUGGCAUUCGCGACGAGAUCGGCAUGGUCGAGCAGCAGGCCGCGAUUGGCCUCGCCGUGCGCGGCGUGCACGAACGGUGCCGUAAACCAACCGAGCAUCAGCGGCAACAACUGGUCCGGCGGCAGUUUCAGCACACCCGACAUCAGUUCCGGCGGCAUGGCGUCCAGCGAAUAGAACAGCGACAGCACGAAAACCUGAUUCGGCCGCAGCGUCAGGCUGCCGUUCGGGUUGCGAAUACCGUUGUAACGGAGCAGAUGAAACGGCCCUUCAUACCCGCUGAGCUCGAAGAAAGCCUCGAGCACGGGUUUGCGGCCGGCGAGAAACUCAAUCUGCCCCAGAUCGAUCUGGAAAUCCGGGCUGCACAGCAGCGCGGAAAUCAUCGCGGCAAUACGGGUGUAGGCGGCGCGCCGCUGCUCGGCGGUGCUGCCGUGCGGCAGGAUGCCGAAGGGGUCGCGGGCCUGGGCCACGUGGCUGAGCAACUGCAGCAGCAGGGUAACGCCUUCUCGCGUCUGACGCUGAAAGACGGCGCGUUCGAGUUUGUCGAGGGUCUCGUCGACCUGGAAGGGCGUGGAAGUGGUCAUGUCGCGAAGAAGCAAUGCCCGUGGCGCGCAAAACGCGGCCAUGGCAUGUCGGAAAGAGGCAAAGGGAUCCGGCGGUCGGAUCAAUCCUUAUGA